AUGAUGAAGUUGUCCAUCUACAAACUGAUGCUGUUCGUCGUUCUCUCGGCGGUGAUGCUCUGCUGUCAGACAUCUGAGGCAGGACCUGCGCGCCAGCUGGCAAGUUUGGCGGCACGAGCCUCAAAGAUUCCGCGCUCCAUUCGGGCCCCGUUCCGGAACUCGGAAAUGAUGACAGCCAGAGGAUUCGGCAAGCGCCGAGCUCCGAUCGGUGUCAGCUUUGGUAGUGGGCGACCAUCACACCACACCGUGUCAGUUGUCGACGGUGAACAGGCUGAAUUUGGCAAAUUGAUGGAGGAUCUCGCCGGGUUCGAGCAGAACGAUCCUCAGCAACAGCAGAUCGCGGGCGAGCAGGAAAACAGCUUCCCGUUGGAGUGGUUUGCUAACGAGAUGUCGACUAACCCAACGUUGGCGAAAUCGAUUCUGCAACGCUUUGUCGAUACCAAUCGCGAUGGGCUACUGGAGACGAGUGAGCUGAUGCCGGGAACCGGGGCUAGUACGAACGAUGUCACCGAUCUGUUCUAAGCUGCUAUGCGCUCACCGGAUGUCAUCAUUCCGUCAGCAUCACGACGGUGUCGUAGGCCUGCAAGACAUUUUCUGGCAACAAACACUUCACAUCUCUCCGUACUGUUUCUCCCACCGAAAUUUGCACCCAAUCGCGAAUGAACCGGAUGACCGGUGGAAUUCAGCUAGUCUUAAUCGAUUUCGCUCACAAGAGCAUGGGCAACCCACCACAGCACUUGUUGUAUUCAACUCUUCGCGAUCCUUUCCAAUUUUAACCUCUAAACCAAACUUAAACACACCUAAAAGUCCUUCGCUGCAAUAAUGCAUGGAAAUAAAAAUAAAAGAAAAAAAACACGUUACUCACAUCUCGCUGAUGUGGCAUCUUUCAUCACCUAUCUAAUAUAUUCCGGUCCGACAGCAACAGUGAAGAGUAGGGUUUCGGCAAUAGACAGAUUCGCAAACACCUAAUCAGCUAGCGUUACUAGGAGUGUGAUGGUUGUCUUAAUUUAGCCGUAAGGGCUCUGUUUGAUUGCACUUCGUAUGGCAGCUUUAGCGCACAUCGUGCGGCCCAAAAGCGCCUGAAAACGCAAACCAAUAAAGGCUGGGUAUUGGGUGUGCAUUUUCCGGCGUUUGGUGGUCGAUUUUCCUAACAGCCCCCGGGAAACGGCCUGUGCUGGAGUGGAUUACAUUUUGUACCAUACUGUUUCAGAAAGGAGAGCCGUAGUUUCGAAUCCAUCCUGCAGAGGUAGCCCCACUCGCAGCAACCUGCUCGUUACUAUCGUUACUUUCUAAAGAUGUAAAGCACUUGCCUGUGUUUGUAGCAUAGUAGAUGUUAAGAGAUGAGCGUUUAUUUGGAGGCAAAGGAUGGCGAGUGAUUCAGGACACCGAGUGUGUACGGUUCCGUGUAGAACACGAACGGAACGGAACGAGGGGGGAAGAACAUGCGAAUGGAUUGUGACAUAAUUUAAACAUACAUAAAUAUUGAUAUAAGCAGCACUCUAGCAACCGAGGCAAGAAUCGAGUGGCACGCAAAUGUCAUCAUUUCAUCAAACAGUUGUAAAAUACGCGUGAAAUAUAUUGGUUGAUCAGCAACUGCA